AUGACCAAGGGAGUCGGAGUGAAUGUGUUCAACCUUCGUACCGAUGCCUAUGGUGGCUCUGCCGAAAGACGCGCCAAGUUUCUACUAGACAUCUUGGGAGAAUGCCGAAAAGUUGUUCCGGCCAAUUUCUGUAUUGGCGUCAAAUUUAAGUCGGCCGAUCACAGCACCGCAUAUCUCAAGGACAGCUUGACUCAGAUUGGAAUGCUCGUGGAAGCAGGUAUUGACUUCCUUGAAGUUAGGGGCGGAACUUACGAAAAUCCAAGAGUAUGUGCCGAAAAAGCCAAACGCAAUCUCGGCAGGAAAAGUGUGCGCACCGCAGCUCGCGAAGCCUUUUUCCUCGAAUUUGCGAAAGAGACGCGCAAGAAAUAUCCAGACCUCCGUCUAAUGUUGACUGGUGGGUUCCGCAGCCGCGCUGGAGCAGAAGCAGCGAUUCAAGAGAAUGCGUGUGACCUAGUCGGUAUAGCAUGCCCAGCGGCAGUAAACCCCCAUUUGCCAAAUUUGUUCCUGCAAGAGGACAUCCCGGAUAAGGAUGCGCAGAUCACCUUGAACAAGGUGCAGGAGCAGAGACUGUACGUUUCCCGUGUUUCUUCGCAAGGCACCAGCGAGGAUAUUAUUACUAAUCAACCAAAACCUCAGACGUACUAUUCCAAUCAGAUCUCUCGCCUGGCGAAAGGGCUUACACCUUGUGCGCCAGAU